UCUUUUUUUUUUUUUUUUUUUUUCAAAUCCAAAAUCACUUCAAUCACCACAAAUUGCAGCAAAGCGCCUCACUUUCGCAGCGACGCACACAAGCCACAUUCUCACACUCACCAAACCACAAAAGAACAGCAGAAGCAACAACAACAACAACAACCCAGCCCCUUCUGAGACGAAAUCAUGAGCGACAAGUCAACAAGCAGCAGCAACAACGAUCAGGAUCCGUUCGGCCAUCCCCGCGUCCCGUUCCGCGGCUACUACGAGCGCGAGAAGUGCGAUGCGCGCCGCGGCUGGGUCGAAAAGUUCACCAACACCAAGCUGCAGCACACUGGCAAGUGGUGGGACUCUGGCGCUCCUGCUGGCGGCAGUGGCGCCAUGGACGAGUCGACCAACACGCUCAAACUGAAGGGCAACAUUGAAGCGCCGAUUGGAUUGUGCAAAAUUCCGGUUGGCGUGGCGGGACCGCUGCUCAUCAAGGGAACGCAUGUGCAAGGCUACGUGCUGUGCCCGUUUGCCACGACGGAAGGCGCGCUGGUUGCCUCGGCGACGCGCGGAGCUACGGCGUUGAAUCGGGCGGGCGGAGCGACUGCGCACGCCUCGUUGCAGCGGAUGAUGCGAGUGCCCGUGUUUGUGUGCCAGACCAUGGUGGACGCGCUUGCGCUCGAAAAGUUUAUGCGCACCAACCGCACUGGCAUUGAGGCUGCGAUCGCAGAGGCGUCGCGGCAUGCGCGUCUGAUGGAUUUCGAAUUCAUCCAGGUCGGCGCCUCGUUGCAUGUGCGUUUCCUGUACGAAAGUGGCGACGCCGCUGGUCAGAACAUGACCACUGCCACCACAUGGCGCGCAUGCCAGUGGAUUCUCGAUCAGGUCAAGACCCGGGAGCCCAGCAUUCGCAUUCGCGAGUUUUACAUUGACGGCAACGGAUCGGGCGACAAGAAGGUCACGCUGCUCAACUUUAUCGCGACGCGCGGCAUCCGCGCCCAGGCAGAGUGCUACAUUAGCCCGCAGGUGCUCGAAUCCGUGUUCAAGGUGGACGCAGACACGUACGUGCGCUUCAUUUCGGUCAUGCAAGGCGCAUCCGUUCGCACGGGCAUGGUGGGCUUUACCAUCAAUGCCGCCAACGUCAUUGGCAGCGUGUUCACGGCCACGGGCCAAGACAUUGCCUGCGUGCACGAGUCGUCGGUCGCACAGUUUACCGUCAUGAAGGCGCCCGACGGCGGCAUCUACACGAGCAUGCUGCUGCCGUCGCUGAUUAUUGGCACGGUGGGCGGAGGCACGUCCCUGCCCACGCAGCGCGAGUGUCUGCAAAUGCUCGGUUGCUUUGGCAAGGACCGCGUCUUCCGCUUUGCCGAGAUUCUGGCCUGCUACUGCCUGGCCCUCGACUUGUCGACGUCUACGGCGAUCUGCAGCGGCCAGUUUGCCUCGUCGCACGAAAAGCUGGGCCGCAACCGACCCGAGUUUGGCUUCAAGCGCGAGUACCUGACGGACGAUUUCUUUGGCCAGGUCAUCAAGCGCGAAGGAAAGCUGGCCAAGUGGUCGGAGCUGCCCGUGGACGCAUCGAGCUCCAUCCUGUCCGAUCUGACCAAGACCGAGUUGAGCAAGCUCGUCGGCCACUUUGGCUUUGCGAUCGAGUACACGCCCACGGCUGGCACUGCGCCAAAGCCCGCGACGUCGCGCAUCGUCGUCAAGGCAAAGGCCACCGACGAGGAGACAAUCAACAUGAUCAACAAGAUUGCGCAAGCCUGCGGCGGUCGUCUGGCGGCCAAGUACGAGUACUUUAAGUUUGAGACGGGCUUCCGCAAGUGCCACAUUCGCGAGCUCGCGCUCAUGGCCAUGUCGUUUGAGCAUCCCGUCAUUCAGCGGCUGGCCCCGAAGGUCUACCACGUCAACCGCGACGACCAGAAGGAAAUUUUCGUCUAUGCCAUGGAGUACCUCGAGUCGGUGAGCCAUCUGAACUCGGUGGACGCGAUUGAGAUCUGGACGCCGGACGACAUUCGCGUGGCGCUGCGCGACAUUGCCGAGCUGCACGCCUCGUUCCUGGACAAGGCGGACGAGCUGAAAAAGGCCGAGUGGAUGGACUUCCCCACGCGCCAGCGCAUGAUCCAGAUGAAGGAGCUCUGGAUUGAGCUGCUUGCCCACAACCAGCGCGAGUUCCCGGACUUGUGGACCAAGGAGAUUGUUCUGGUGGCGCAGCGCGUCAUUGACAACAUUUCGUUCAUCUGGGCCGAGCUUGAGCAGGCCCCUCGCACCCUCUGCCACAACGAUUUCAACCCGCGCAACGUCUGUCUCAAGCGGACACCCGCAGGCGGACUGCAGCUCUGCCUGUAUGACUGGGAAAUGUCCACGCUGCACGUGCCGCAGCACGACGUGGCAGAGUUCCUCGCCUUCACCCUGCCCACCACCACGACCGUGGACGAGCGGCUCGCGUACGUCCACUACUAUCGCGGCCAGCUCGAGCACUUUUCCAAGCGCACGUUCGACCCAGUCAAGUUUGACAAGAUUUUCGACUUUGCCUGCUUUGACUUUGCCAUCAACCGUCUUGCGCUGUAUUCGAUGGUCCACACCUUCAAGGAUUAUCGCUUCCUGCCCCGCGUGCUCCAGUCGCACUUUGGCUAUCUGCAAUCCGUCGCGAUGAGCAAUCGCUUCCACAAGUACGUCGAGGAGGCUGCCAACACCCCAGCCGAGCCCAUUGUUGGGUCCAAGCUCUGAAGCGAAGAGUUUGCGCGGCGUUUCAGCUUGCUGUUUUGAUGUUUUUGGUUGGUUGUGGGUUGUGUUUUUGUUUACGAGUUGGGCUUUGCCUCAUUGGGCUUUCCUCCCCCCCCCUCGUUCCUUCCUUUAUUCUCAGUAAACGGCACAUUUUGCAUCUGUA